AUGCCCAUGUCCGACCAGCUCUCUCCCACGACACCAGGGAGCGGCUUGCCUCCGCAAGGCUUUGCCAACAGCCCGCCGAGUCAGCAGCGCGGCUUCAAGCGCUCUGCAUCCAGCGAGGACGAUGACUUCGCGAACGGCGACGGCGACGGCUCGCGCUCGCUCUCAGCGCGCCGCAACAUCGCCGUGAAGCGCGCGUGCAACGAGUGUCGCCAGCAAAAGCUCAAGUGCAACGUCCAGCGCGACCCGUUCGUGAGCUGCGCCCGCUGCGUGAAGCAGAACCUCCGAUGCGUCAUCGAGCCCAACUUCAAGCGCGUGGGCAAGCGCAAUCGCAAUGCCGAGAUGGAGAAGGAGAUGGAGGCGCUGAGGGACCGCCUGGCCCUGUACGAAGGCCGCGCUUCCAUGCCUAGCCAGCCACUGCUCAACCAGGCGCCGCCCAUAGACCACCAGAACAACUUUGGCGCACCGCUGCUGAAGGUCGAGGACGACGCGUUCUUACACACACAGCACCAGCAGGUGGCCGCGACUUCGUUGCUGGACCUGCGCAGUGGCCAGUCGCCCAUGUUCUAUUCACUGGGCGCAGGAGAGGUUCGCCUGGCGCACGCCGAGGUCAAUGAGCUGUUUACCGAGUACUUCCAGUUGUACCACCCUUUCCUUCCAUUCCUCGACCAGGUGCGCUCGCCCGAGGAGUACUACAACCACGAUCACAAGCUCCUGUUCUGGGCCAUCAUAAGUGUUGCGGCACGGCGCUCAAGCGGUCGACCCACGUUGCUGAAUGACCUUGCAAAGCCUUUGACAGAUCUGAUCUGGGACUCGAUCAGGAACCAGCCGAACCACCAUGUCGUCAAGGCGCUAUGCUUGUUGUGCACGUGGCCUGUUCCAGCAGAACGCACAGUCACUGAUCCCACUUACAUGCUGUGCGGUGUCAUGAUGCAGAUAGCCAUGCAGCUAGGCUUGCACCAGCCCGCCCACCCUCAGGACUUCUCGCGCACAAAAGUCCGCUUACAGCAGGAGGACAUCCACGAUCGUCUGCGAACAUGGGCCGUCUGCAAUGUUGUGGCGCAAACUGUCUCGACUGGCAAUGGCCAGCCCUCGAUCACCCUCUACGAUUCAACACUCGAAUUCAAGGUCGACGACGAGGACCACAUGCGUACGAUACCACCGACUCUAUUUGUCCGUCUGCGCCAAGAGAUGGCCGCUAGCCGCGUCAACAAGCUGCUAUACUCAGCCAACACUCAGCGAUUCGCGGCCGAGGCUGCGACAACAUACAUGACAUUAGAAGCAGAUCGACUGAAGGAGGAGAGAGGGUCAUUGGAUGGGGUCGACAACGAACUCGAAGAGCUCUAUCACUGUGCGGUGUGCUUACAUUUACACCUCUACUCUUUCUUCAGUCCUGAGCCUCGACUCGAACGCCGUGACGAUCUUGUGGCGUUAUACUACGCAGCCACAACCUACCUGGACCAAGUCUUCAAGCUGCAACAAGCUGGCAAACUCCCCUUCGUGCCAUAUUACAUCAUGCAAAUGGCACUCGCUGCGGGGUUUGCCCUCCUCAAGCUUCUUAACUCAGAUUUCGCAGGCAGGUUGCCGUCGAAGGGCCGUCAAUACGUAUUGCAGACCGUGGAAGCACUUCGCCGAGCCAAGGUUUGGCCGAACGAUCUCCUGGAUCGCUUCGCUGAGGUGCUGGCGCAGCUCUGGAAAGAAAGCUCCCGAGGGCGGAGCCUACACAGCAUGUCGCAGUCACCAUCCGUCAGCAACGCCGGCGUCGCCACCAUGUUCAACAACCAGCCACAAUCUCAGCAAGCAACGCAACAGCGGCGAGAAAGUACAGGCAUGCUCGAAGACCCUCUAGGCCUCAUAGUCCGGAGUCGCAUGAGUAUGAGUGUCAUGUUCGACUGCGUGUGGCGUUGGCGUGAAGCUCAGGUCAACGGCGCAUCAGACCAACUCGAUAAUACUGUUGUUACAAACCCUACGAAUCCGGAUUCAUCGAGCAACUCAACACCCCCACCGGGUAUCGUUGUUGAAAACCCUGCACAUACCAUGCCGAAUUUCAACCCGCACUUGAAUACUCUGAGCAUGCCACUGGCGCUGCCGCAGGGCCUGGCAAGCGCCAACAGCUAUGAGUUCUUUGACUCGGUUUCAUGGAUGCUAGAAGCGCAGACGGAUUGGAAUCAGUACAGCUCAGGAGGCUUUGGCGCGGAUUUUAAUGCUUAA